AUGUCACCUCCUGACACUUCACCCCAACCCGAUCGCCAACGAGAUCGAAAGUCUACAAACUCACUAUCCUCAACCGAAACACACACCAUCGCCGAAAAUCUCAACGGACCAUCCUCCGAGAAACAAGACGAGUCACGACAAUGUCAGACUCAGCAACAACAACCCUCAGACGAGCCCGAGGUGGAAACACCAAGUCCCCAAGGCCCAGCCUUCCAGCAAGAAGCCAUGGAAAACUACAAGCCAAAGACGCUCAAGUUCUGGCUCAUCAUAGUCUCCGUCUUUGCAGCCAUGUUUCUCGUGGCCCUUGAUAGAACCAUCAUUGCCACCGCCAUUCCCAUGAUCACAGACGAAUUUGACAGUCUGGGCGAUAUUGGCUGGUACGGUUCGGCAUACAUGCUCACCACUGCUGCGUUUCAGCUCAUCUUUGGCCGUAUCUAUCGCUUCUACGAUCUACGAAUGACCUUUUUGGCCUGCAUUCUCUUGUUCGAAGUUGGCUCUGCUGUUUGUGGAGCUGCGCCUAGUUCUGUGGCAUUCAUCAUCGGGAGGGCCAUUGCUGGUAUUGGCUCUGCGGGCAUCAUGACAGGUUCGAUGAUGGCAAUUAUCCCCAUGGUCCCUCUUCAUAAGCGACCAAUGUUUCAAUCCAUGUUCGGAAUGGUAUUCGGCAUCUCGUCCGUCGCUGGUCCCCUUAUCGGCGGAGCUUUUGCUGGACGAGCCACUUGGAGAUGGUGCUUCUACAUGAACCUCCCCAUCGGCGCCGUCGCCUCGGUCUUUCUGCUCUUCUUCCUCAAGGUCUCGAAGCAAAAGCACGAGUCCGUGCCCGUCUCGAAGCACAUCACCCGUCUCGACCCCCUGGGCACCUUCUUCUUUGUCCCGUCCAUGAUCUGCCUCAUCCUGGCGCUUCAGUGGGGUGGCUCGACGUAUUCGUGGAGCAACUGGCGGUUGAUUCUUCUGUUCAUCGUCUUUGGUCUUACGGCCGUUGCGUUUGCCGUUGUGCAGGUCAUGAUGCCGGAUACGGCGACUAUCCCGGUCAAGGUUAUCAAGCAGCGGACCAUGUUGGCGUGCGCGUGGGUCAUGUUCUUCAUCGGAGGUGCCAUGAUGCUCGCCGUUUACUACAUUCCUCUUUGGUUCCAAGCAACAAAGGGCGUCGACCCUGUCAAGUCCGGAAUCUACACCAUCCCACUCGUCCUCAGUCUCGUUGUCGCGAGCAUCUUAUCCGCCGCCUUUACCCAACGUAUCGGAUACUACGUGCCUUCCAUGAUCGUCUGCCCCUGCAUCAUGGCCAUUGGCGAAGGACUCUUGACCACUCUGACCCCCAGCACCGGCUCCUCGCAUUGGAUAGCCUAUCAGUUCCUCGUCGGCUUCGGCGUCGGUCUCGGUAUGCAGACGGCCGGCCUCGCCAUCCAGGCCACCCUCCCCAAGGAGCACAUCCCCACGGGCAUUUCCAUUACCUUCUUCAUGCAACAGCUCGGCGGAGCCAUCUUUGUGUCGGUUGGCCAGACGAUCCUCAGUGGGCGCCUCGUGGACCGUCUAUCCGACAUCCCGGGCCUCGACGCAAAGGCCGUCGUCAACACGGGCGCUACGGAUCUUCACGAUGUUGUGCCGGCCAAGUACAUGGGUCAGGUCCUGAGCGCUUACAACUACGCCAUCACUAGAAUCUUCUUUGCAGCUGUGGCGCUUUCCAUUGUUCAACUGCUCUGCGCACUCUGUGUAGAGUGGAAGAGCAUCAAGCGGGGGAAGCAAGGUCCUGCAGAAGACAAGCCUCGGGAGGAGCAGCAAAAGUCGGAGGAGUCAUGA